AUGCUCAUUUUCCUCCUCAGUCUUCUAUUGUUCUUCGUGUUUCUCCUUAGUUUCUUCAACGGAAAACAAUAUGGCUAUCACCGUAACCAUGCACAUCCUUCACACCCUAUCAUUGGAUGCCUCGUUUCUUUCUACAAGAACCGCCACCGUCUCCUUGACUGGUACACCGAACAAAUAGCACAAUCCCCGACCCACACCAUCGUCGUUCACCGCCUCGGUGCCCGUCGCACGGUGGUGACGGCGAACCCCCGCAACGUAGAGUACAUUCUAAAGACCAACUUCGGCAACUUCCCCAAAGGCAAACCCUUCACCGAAAUCCUUGGAGACCUUCUCGGGUGCGGGAUAUUCAACGUCGAUGGCGAGCUCUGGCAAGCGCAGCGCAAGCUAGCGAGCCACGAGUUCAGUACGCGGUCCCUUAAGGACUUCAUCGUGAAAACGCUCCAGGAAGAGGUCCAACACAGGCUUAUUCCACUACUUGAGCAGGCAUCACGUGAGAAACACGUGAUCGACCUGCAGGAUGUGCUGCGGAGACUUACGUUCGAUACGGUGUGCAAGGUGUCGCUAGGCUACGAUCCAUGCUGCCUGGACCUGAAAAGGCCGCUGCCGCCUCUUCUCACAGCUUUCGACACCGCCUCCGAAGUGAGCGCUGCACGCGGCGCAGCGCCAGUGUUUCUGGUUUGGAAGAUGAAGAGAAUGCUGAACAUGGGGUCAGAGAAGGCUCUGAAGGAAGCCGUGAAGCUUGUGCAUGAGUCGGUGAUGAAGAUCAUAAAAGGAAAGAAAGAUGAAAUGACAUAUAAUGAAAGAAAAGGUGGCACCGAUUUGCUGGUACGGUUGUUGGAGGCAGGUCAAGAGGAGACGGUGGUGAGGGAUAUGGUUAUAAGCAUGAUAAUGGCGGGGAGAGACACCACAUCCGCGGCGAUGACCUGGCUGUUCUGGUUGUUGUCGAAACAUCGAGAGGAAGAAGCGUUACUAGUGAAAGAGAUUUAUUGUGGAAAUAACCGAUGUGAGGGUUUGGAUUAUGAGUGUUUAAAAGAGAUGAAGUUGUUGAAGGCGUGUUUGUGUGAGUCGAUGAGGCUGUAUCCACCGGUUGCGUGGGACUCGAAGCAUGCGAGUGGUGCUGACGUGUUACCUGAUGGGACCCACGUGGGGAAAGGGGAAAGGGUGACUUAUUUUCCAUACGGGAUGGGGAGAAUGGAGGCUCUGUGGGGGAAGGAUUGCUGUGAUUUUAAACCACAACGUUGGUUUGAUGAAGAGAAUGUUGAUAAUGGGGUUCUGAAGUGUGUGAAUCCUUAUAAGUUCCCGGUUUUUCAGGCGGGUCCAAGAGUUUGUCUUGGGAGGGAAAUGGCUUUUAUUCAGAUGGAGUAUGUGGUGGCUUCUAUCCUUAAUCGUUUUGUUAUUUCGCCGGUCUCUGAUGACCACCCGCGUUUUGUUCCUCUUUUAACUGCUCAUAUGGCUGGAGGAUUCAAAGUGAGGAUCAACAGCAGAACUGGAGCUGGAACUCAGGAGUGA